CUAUUAAACACCCGUGCAGGUACCAAUACUCAGUUUAAAAUCUCUGGAGAAGGAGUGGAUGGAGUGAAUGACCUCUUUGCUGUGAAUAAGGCUGGAGAGAUCUUUGUUAUGGCGACUUUGGAUCGGGAGAAGAAAAGCUCCUACAAACUGAAAGCUCACCUCGUUGACACCAUCACCAAACAGCCCCUGGACGACGAUAUAGAAUUCACUGUAAAGGUACAAGACGUUAACGACCACGCGCCAGUCUUCUCUGAGACCUACACUGGAUCCAUCAGGGAGCGCUCACGCCAAGGAGCUGCAGUGCUGACUGUUAGAGCCACUGAUGCAGAUGAUCCAACAUCUCCCAAUGGAAACGUCACAUAUAAGUUGUUGAAUGGAAUACAAUAUUUCAGCAUUCACAGUACCACAGGUGAAAUCACUGUUCAGGAUAACAAACUGGACCGUGAGACUCAAAGUCAGUAUAUACUGACUGUCCAGGCCUCAGAUUUACCUGGCUCACCUGGAGGACUCAGUACAACCACCAUAGUGACCAUUAAUAUAAACGAUAUCAAUGACAACAUGGCAACCUUCAAAAAAGGAUUCUUCAGCUUUAAAGUGAGAGAGAACGAGGGGCCACAGUUUACAGUCGGCACGUUACCUGUGGAGGACCGGGACGAGAAGCAGAACAAAAAACCCACAUUUAUUGUGCAGAACUUUAAUGACAUCUUCUACGUGGAACCGGAUGACCAAAGCGAUGGAGCUCUCAAACUCAGAAAGAACCUGGACUAUGAGACCAGUUCGACAUACAGCUUUAAAGUGGAGGUCAGAGAAGACAACGUGGCUCAGCCUCCAGAUAAUCAGGGAUCCAUGCUGACCACUGUCCAAGUGUACAUCACUGUGAUUGAUGUUGAUAAACCACCGGUCUUCAGCAAGGCGGAGUACACCUUUGACGUCCUAGAGGGCCCGAUUAGAAAUAAAGUCAUCGGCUCAGUUUCAGCCAGGGACCCGGACAGGACCAACUACAGGAUAAAGUAAACUAUAUUCUAU